AUGUUGAGAGCUCGUGCGUGGAAGGAUCGCAACCAUCCGUUUGUGUGCACGUUUUGUCGACAGAAACUGGCCGUCAAUGCCGGACCGCAGCAUGUACGACCGCUGUCCAUCUCUUCUGCCUCGCCGGGGCCUUUAAGCGCGUUGCGAGAGCUGCCCACCGAGCGAAGCGCCGUCUUCUCUUGCCAGGCCCGAUCGCUGUCGCGGACGGCAUGUCUCAGCAACUCUGCGAAUAAUGAGGGGCCUCCCAAGACGGGAGGAUUCCCUGGCGCAUUCUCCAAUACUCGAGCGGGGAAUUGGGGCACAUUUGCAAAAGCAGACACGGCUGCUGGGACGACGCCUGCAUUUGAUGGCUUGCUGCCGCACGAGCGGCUGGCCCGACGGCAAUCAGCGGUUGCAGAGAGUGUGCAGACGGGCAAGAGUAACGAGCCUAAACGCAACGAGUCCAAAAUGAGUACAGGAACCCAACGCAGGAAUACUCCGCAAGCGACCAAGUCGAGGUCUGUCCUGGCUGACGUCUUCAAAACCAACCGAGAACCGCGCGCUCCGCCAACCCCAGAGUCUUGUGAUACCUUCGCUCGUCCGGGGAAGCCCACCGGGGAACAGCCAGCACGAUCAACAAGCGGCGGUCUCAAAACAACUGGAUGGGGUUCAUUUAGCCAUCGUAAGGCCGAAGCAACUCCCCAUCCGCAUGGAGUAGAUCCUCGUGGGAAUCAAUCCGGCGUGUGGAACGAAAUUACCAAGUCUCGAAAGCCCAAGAUGAAGGAAUCGUCGACUCAAGAUUUCUGGGGAGAACUGGAAACUAGAGCCACGGGAUUUAGGGACAAGGCUAAAAGUAAGAAUGAAAAUCAACUUGUGGAUCGGAGGAGAAAGACACAGGAUGCUCAAGACAAACGAGAUUCCUUCGAGGAGAAAGUCACACCUACACACAAAGCGGAAGAGGAUGCUCCACCCCAGAAACAAAGACGGAAAUCCAGGUUUGAAGUGGAGGAGCAGCAAGAGCCUGAGAAACCUCGAUCUAAAAAGGGAAAAAAGUCGCAUAGGGAAACACAAGCCUAUGAAGACGAAGACUGGGAUGAUGAAGCCGUACACCGCUGGGAGCAGAAGCAACGUCGCAAGGCGGAAAAGGAGGCACAGAAGCAGAAAGCUGUAGAGGUAGAGCAGCAAGCCGUCCCGAUAUUUCUCCCUGAAUACAUCAGCGCAUCGAACUUGUCUAAGGCUCUGAAGCAAAAUGUUACCCCUUUUCUGCAGGACAUGGAAGAAAUGGGCUUCGAAAACAUCACCAGCGACACAAUCUUCACUGGCGAGACUGCGGCUCUCAUUGCAAUGGAAUACGGCUUCGAGCCUACAGUUGAUACAGGAUCCCUUCGAGAUCUCCGAACUCGUCCCCCGCCCGCAGAUUCCUCGGUUUUGCCGUCUCGUCCUCCUGUAGUCACGAUUAUGGGCCAUGUCGAUCACGGUAAAACUACUCUGCUGGAUUGGCUUCGGAAGUCCUCCGUCGCAGCACAAGAGCACGGUGGCAUUACUCAGCACAUUGGAGCGUUUGUUGUAAAGAUGUCGUCUGGCAAGUCUAUCACAUUCCUCGACACUCCGGGCCAUGCCGCCUUCUUGUCGAUGCGUCAGCGCGGAGCAAAUGUGACAGAUAUCGUGGUGCUUGUGGUCGCUGCUGAUGACAGUGUCAUGCCCCAGACACUGGAGGCAUUGAAGCAUGCUACGAGCGCCAAGGUGCCUAUUAUCGUCGCCAUCACAAAGGUUGACAAAGAGGAUGCCCGGAUAGACCAAGUGAAGGCAGAUCUUUCUCGACAUGGUGUUGAAAUCGAGGACUACGGUGGCGAUGUGCAAGUUGUCUGCGUCAGCGGGAAAACAGGAUUGGGCAUGGAAGACUUGGAGGAGAAUAUCGUCACACUCUCCGAAAUCUUGGAUGUUCGAGCUGAGGAUGAUGGCAUGGCUGAAGGAUGGGUUCUCGAGUCUAGCAUCAAGCCUCAGGGCAAAGCUGCGACCAUCUUGGUCAAAAGAGGAACCCUCCGCCCAGGCGACCUGAUUGUCGCCGGCAAGACCUGGGCAAGGAUCCGUGUGCUGCGCAACGAAGCUGGCCUCGAGCUGGACUCUGCUCCUCCCGGAACACCAGUGGAGAUUCUGGGUUGGCGAGAGCUACCAACUGCUGGAGAGCAGGUAAUCCAAUCGCCAGAUGAAGGAAAGGCGAAGACGGCUGUCGAAUACCGCUUGGAAAUGGCUGAGCGUGAGCAAAGCUCUAUCCAGCUCGCAGAGCAAGAACAGCGCCAGCGAGAAAAGGCCGCAGCAGAUGCUGCAGCGGAUGCUGAGGGCACUUCAACCACCGCUGGAGAGACAGCUGAGCCUGGAAUCCUGACUCAAAACUUCACCGUCAAGGCGGACGUUGUCGGAUCCGUGGAAGCAGUUUGCGGAAGCAUCUUGGAGCUGGGCAGCCACGAGGUGCAGCCCAAGAUCCUGCGAUCAUCUGCUGGCCAGAUCACCGAGUACGACAUUGACCACGCAGCGACGUCCAACAGCAUCAUUGUCAACUUCAACUGCACCAUCCCGCCGCACAUCAAGCAGCGAGCAGAAGAGGCCAAGGUCAAGAUUCUCGACCACAAGGUCAUCUACCACGUUGUUGACGAUGUCAAGGCGGCGCUGUCCGACAUCUUGCCCAUGAAUAUCUCGUUCCGUGUCAACGGCGAGGCCGACGUCCUGCAGGUGUUCCCGAUCAACGUGAAGAAGCGUGUGUUUAGAAACAUUGCCGGAUGUAGAGUUCGAAACGGCUCCAUUAAGAAGUCGUCUCGCGUAAAGGUCCUUCGCAAGGGCGAGGUAAUCUACGACGGCAAGAUUGACACCCUGAAACAUGUGAAGAAGGAUGUCCAGGAAAUGGGCAAGGGAACAGAAUGCGGUAUUGGCUUGGAAGACUUUGAGGAUUUCCAGCCGGAUGAUCAGAUUCAGACGUACGAAGAGAUUAAGGAGAGGCGGAGCUUGUAA